AUGGCGCAGACCCGAGAAAGGGCAAUGACUCAUUUUUACAAGACGUUGUGGCACCUGACCAUCCACUAUCUCAUUCCGGUCUCUCACAGCAGCCAUCUUGGAUGUAGACUGAGUCUUUCAAACCUGCCGUUGAUUUAUGAGGCUGGUGACCUGUUGAUAGGAGCCAUAAUUCCCUUCCACACGGACAGAGUCUCCCCAACCAUAACUUUUACAGAGAUGCCUCCAGAGGAUGACUGCACAUGGUUCCUUUAUGAAACCUACCAGCAGUUCCAGGCAUUGAGGUUUGCAGUGGAGGAAGUCAAUGCAAACCCAGAUGUCCUCCCGAAUAUGACCUUGGGGUUCUAUGCCUACGACUCUUGUUCUGUAUUGCACAAAGAGCUGGAGGGAACACUGGGCAUGCUGACCGGACACAAUCAGGCAAUUCCAAAUUAUUCACGGCUUGGAAGACCUAUAGUCGCUGCCAUUCUCGGACACUCCAUGUCCACCUACUCUAUUCUCAUGGCUCAUAUCCUAGGACUGUACAGAUAUCCACAGAUAAGCCACUAUGCAACCAACGCUCUCCUUAGUGACCGCACAAAGUUCCCAUCAUUUUUUCGGACUGUCCCCAGUGAUUCUUUCCAGUCACAGGGUUUGGCUCAGCUGGUGCUACAUUUUGGUUGGACCUGGGUUGGUUUGGUGGCGAUGGGAAAUGACUAUGGACAGCAGGGGAUUCAGAUCAUUAAACAAGAGAUCCUUCAGGCUGGGGCUUGUGUGGCCUUCACCGAAGUCAUACUUCUCAAUCAGAUGGACAGAAAUGCGCCUUAUAUCUCAAAGGUCAUCAAACAGUCUACAGCAAAGGCUAUAAUCGUUUUCUCUAUUGAUGUCUUCUUUAUUCCCCUCCUGGAUGAGAUGGUGAAGAUGAACGUUACUGGGAAGGUCUUUAUAGCAAGUGAAGCCUGGUGCAUCUCAACCAUACUUUUAGUAGAUAAAUAUUCCUCUAUUCUCACUGGGUCUAUUGGAUUUUCUUUUCACAGCUCAACAAUCCCUGGAUUUAAGGAUUAUCUGAAGAAAGUCCAUCCUUCUGACCCUCUAGGGCAAACGGUAACUAAAAUAUUUUGGGAGAUGACCUUUGAUUGCAAGUUCCUUAAUAAAACAAAUAGAGAUUUCACUAAGAGUACCAAGUUUUGUAUGGGAAAUGAGACUCUCGAAACUAUUGAGAAUGCAUACACUGAUGUAUCCAAUCUGAGAACUUCAUACAAUAUUUACACAUCUGUUCAGGUUGCAGCUAAAUCCUUGCAUGACCUUCGAACGUGCCAGAAUGGGAAGGGGCCUUUCUCUAAUGGAGCUUGUGCCAGGCUUCAGAAUAUUAAACCUUGGCAGGUAAAUUGCUAUUCCGUGAUGACAAACACAAUGGUUCUGACCCACUAUGUCCAGAACACCAGAGUAAGAUUAAAAGAUAAAAGAGAGGUCUUCUUUGAUAAAAAUGGUGAUCUCCCAGCGGUGUACGAUAUUGUCAACUGGCAGAGAACUGAUGAUCAACUCAUAAAACAUGUUAAGGUUGGAAGCUAUGAUACAGCAUCCACUUAUGAAGACAUCCUGGCAAUCAACAGUAGUGCAAUAAUGUGGGCAUCUUCGGAGAACCAGGUUCCUUUGUCGGUCUGCAGUGAGAGCUGUCCUGCAGGGACAAGGAAGGCUGCAAUUAGAGGACAACCCGUCUGUUGCUAUCAGUGUGUCCCCUGUCCACCUGGAGAGAUCUCCAAUGAAACUGAUUCCUUUGACUGCUACAAAUGCCCAUGGGAUAUGUGGCCUAAUCAUGGAAAAGACAGGUGCCAUCCAAAAACGUUUGAAUUUCUUUCCUUUGAGGAGUCACUUGGUGCCACGCUUACUGGCUCCUCCAUCACCUCGUUCACAAUACCAUUGUCCAUUUUAGGCCUCUACCUUAAAAAGAAGAAUACUCCUAUUGUAAAAGCCAACAACUACACGCUAAGCUGUCUACUUCUGGUGUCACUUUCCUUUUGUUUCCUGUCAUCUUUGAUGUUUAUUGGCAAUCCCCAAUCUUUAAAGUGUUUUAUUCGCCAGGCCGCCUUUGGGAUGGUUUUUACUCUUUGCAUUUCCUGUGUUUUGGCCAAAACCCUUAUGGUGGUUGUCGCUUUUGUUGCCACAAAACCUGGAAGUAGCCUAUUAAAAUGGGCAAAACCUCAAGUGUCCUACACAAUAAUCCUUGGAUGUUCUCUCUUGCAGUUCAUCCUAUGCACUUCAUGGAUGUCUCUUGCACCUCCUUUUCAAGAAAAUAACAUUGACAUCUACCCAGGAGUCAUCAUUGUGGAGUGCAAUGAGGGCUCCCCAAUUGCCUUCUGGUGCAUGAUUGGUUAUCUUGGCCUCCUGGCCACCAUCAGCUUUCUUGUUGCCUUUUUGGCCAGAAGACUUCCUGAUAGUUUCAAUGAGACCAAAUUCAUCACUUUCAGCAUGUUGGCCUUCCUCAGUGUUUGGAUAUCCUUUAUCCCAGCCUCUCUUAGUGCAAGGGGAAAAUACACCAUUGCCAUGGAGGUCUUUGCUAUAAUAUUCUCUACUUGGGCUCUCGUCAUCUGUAUGUUCCUCCCUAAAUGUUUCAGUAUAUUAUUUCGGCCUGACAUGAACACCAGACAGUAUCUCCUGGGAAAACAGAGAAUAGAGAAUACAACGAACACAAGCUAG